AUGAGCAGACUAUUGGCAGACGAAGAACAACCUCUACAGAUGCCAGAUGAAGGCUUCAUCAAUCAAGAACAUCAUACCUCACCAAAGAGCCAUAACAGGAAUACCUUAACAACUCAAUUUGUUUAUAUACUUGUCCUCCACCUGAUAAUCUUUAUCCUAGUGGGAGUUAUUUGGGGCGGUGAAUACCGAAGAGCCCAACUUAGGAUAUUGAAGGGUGCCACUUGGUCUCCAGCUACUGAUUAUAUUCGGUACGAGAUAAUCGGCGACCACGCUUUGAAACAGAACUUACCCAGCGUCUAUUCUGGGCCACCAUCGGCUGAGAAUGAAAAUGCGUGGCAGGACCUUUUAACGCCAAUGUACUUCAAAGCUACUCGUGAAGAGAUGCUUCGAGGGGAGCAGCCUUUAGAGAACGGCACUCAACUAACUGGUGGAGGUUACCUCGCCACCCUGGGCGUUUACCAUGAGCUUCAUUGUCUGCGACAAUUACGUCUGUAUCUAUACCGAGACUAUUAUUAUGCAAACCUCACGUCGACACAAGAUGAGUAUCUUCACAAACACCUGGAUCAUUGUCUCGAAGCUCUUCGGAUUGCUAUAAUGUGCCACGGCAGUACUGCCCUAUACACAUUCGCAUGGGAAUCCUCAAAUCCAGGCAGGCCAACAACUAAGUCUAAUUCUAGAUCGGUGUGUGUCAAAUGGACUUCAAUCAAGAACUGGAGCUAUUCUAGAGAAAUUCUAGAAAGUGACCAGGUCGUCAUUCCUUCUUAG